AUGGCUCCCCUUCUCAGCAACGGGGUUCGCAUAGUUCUCGCUCUCUCGGCUAUAUCUCUUAUCCCCAGCUUCGCUCUCGCAGCUUCCCGAAUCCAGGUCAAUGGCCUCAACUUUACUCUCUCUGGUCCUUCCGUCAGCUAUCAAUUCCACGUGAACGACGAUGGAGACCUCAUUCACGACUACUUUGGCGCUUUCGCUGCCGACCCGAUCCGCGACCUGACAGAACCUGGAAAUGGCUGGCGGUCACCUUUGGCCCAGCAUCGUCGUGAGUUCCCAGACCAGGGCAGAGGCGACUUUCGGCUUCCGGCCUUCCAUAUUCGCCACGACUCUGGAAGCACAGUCUCCCAAUUCGUAUAUGGAGGCCACGUCAUUGUCGAAGGCAAGCCUGCCCUCGACGGUCUGCCGGCGACAUGGGGCAACGCGUCCGACGUAUCGACUCUCCAAGUGUACUUGGUUGACCAGAAGUCUUCCCUCACUGCUACUCUUUCAUAUUCCAUCUUCCCGGACAUCGGCGCCAUCACUCGAAGCUUCAAGCUCAAGAAUGAAGGAGAGGCGAAUGUGACUCUCGAGAGAGCCAUGAGCUGGAGUCUGGAUCUUCCGCCGGAUGAUUGGGAGAUGGUGCAGCUCUCUGGGGACUGGGCGAGUGAAGGGAGGGCUAUGAGAAGACCGGUAUACACUGGGAUUCAAGGCUUCCAAAGCUCCGCUGGCUACUCCUCUCACUUUCAUAACCCCUUUCUUGCCCUCGUACACCCAGAUACAACCGAAACCACGGGAUCUGCCUACGGAUUCAAUCUCAUCUAUACCGGCUCUCAUACUACCGAGGUUGAGAAGUUUACCCCUGGCUUCACCCGAGUCCUCAUGGGUUUGAACCCUCUACACCUCUCUUGGGUCUUGUCUCCUGAAGAGACAUUCACGACCCCCGAGUGUGUUGCGGUCUAUUCUGAAGAAGGCCUGGGAGGUAUGAGCCGGGCAUUCCACAGGUUGUAUCGCGAGCACCUCAUCAGGAGCAAAUGGGUCGAUCAGACCCGGCCUGUGCUCAUCAAUAGCUGGGAAGCAUUCGGCUUUGACUUUACCGAGACGGAUUUGGAGGGCCUCGCCGAAACAGCAAAAGAUCUCGGUGUUGAGCUUUUCGUCCUGGACGACGGAUGGUUCGGUAACACCUAUCCUCGUACGAGUGACGAACAAGGUCUGGGUGACUGGCAAUACAACACUGAGCGCUUCCCUCAGGGGUUGGAACACUUGGUCAACAACAUCACUUCCCUCACCACAGCUCGCGGUGAGGCUAUGAAGUUUGGUAUCUGGGUCGAACCGGAGAUGGUCAAUCCUCGCUCAUCUCUCUACGAUGCCCAUCCCGACUGGGUCCUCUCUUCCUCCAGUUACAAUCGUACUGAGACGCGAAAUCAGCUCGUACUUGAUGUGGGACGACCCGAGGUACAAGAGUACAUUAUCAAUUUCAUGACAGACCUCCUAUCCAAUGCGAGCAUAUCGUAUGUCAAGUGGGACAACAACAGGGGUAUGCACGAGCUCCCUCAGCCCUCCUCUGCGCACAGCUAUAUUUUGGGUCUCUACCAUGUCAUUGACACCCUCACCAGUCGCUUCCCCGACAUCCUAUGGGAAGGCUGCGCGUCUGGAGGAGGACGAUUCGACCCCGGGUUGAUGUAUUACUGGCCGCAGACCUGGACGUCCGAUGACACGGACGCCUACCAGCGUCUCUUCAUACAAUUCGGCACCUCCAUCCCUUACCCUCCUUCCACCCAAGGCGCGCAUGUCUCGGCUGUGCCAAAUGGCCAGCUGGAAAGGACGACGCCCUUGGAGUUCAGAGCGCAUGUGGCGAUGAUGGGCGGCAGUUUUGGCUUCGAAUUGGAUCUUGGCAAUAUGACCGAGGGAGAAAGAGGUCAGGUGAAGAAAUUGGUCGAGGUAGCGGAGAAGGUCAAUCCGCUUGUCAUAUCAGGAGACAUAUACAAGCUUGCCUUGCCAGAGACAAGUAACUGGCCGGCCGCAUUGUACGUCUCCAAAGACAAGUCGGAAGCCGUGCUCCUGGCGUACCAAGUUCGCUCGACGAUCAUGACCGUCAUACCCGCCUUGAAGCUCCAGGGAUUGGAAGAAGAUGCUACGUACAAUGUGAACGGGACGACAUAUCAGGGGUCGAGCUUGAUCAAGGCGGGGCUGAAGCUAGGUUGGGAGAAGGGAGAUUAUCUGAGCAAGGUGGUCUGGAUCACGAAAGAGUGA